AUGGCCUACAUUGCCUGGAUGUUCGUGGACUUAGACCGUCAGCCUCAAGUGUGUUGUAGGGACUGUUAUCAUUCGCUCCGGUACUGCCGGCUACCCUCUGCCAUGUUGACCCACUGUGCAUGCCGAGCCCUUGCACGGCUUCUUGGGCCAACAGGAUAUCUCCGACAGAGGUGGACGCCUUUGGUCAUCGCUGCAAUCGGCGGGGCUCUCGCGCUGAGCACACCCAUCGCGAGCCAUGCACACUGGGAGACUUUCGGGUUCGGGGAGGCUCACUGCAGGCAACACUUGCCCUUUAUGGUUGCGGGAUUGCCCUUUCAGCUCUCGCUGCUCCUUUUUACGUUUCUCGACAUACAGCUGCCGGCGGCAGCAGCAUCUUGGCUCCGCUACCUUGCGAAUUUGAACUUUUGCAUCAUGGCUUCUCAUCUUUGGAUUUUAAUGUUCUUCGACAAGCAUGCUCCCGAGUUUAUUUCUACUUGGGCAAGUGUGAGAGAGGACGCAGAGGGAAACCUUUUCGCGAUGCAACAACUCUUCGUCAUCUUUGGUGUGGCAGCUCUGUUACAUGCCCUGGUGGCGAAGCCUGUGCAACUGCUAGUUAGAGGAGUGGCAAGGUAUCAAUCUUUAGCGCCGCCGCUCGCGUUUGCUCAUCUGGCACUUUGCUUGCUGACCUGGCCACGCAACUUCAGUCAUUACCCGCUGUUCACGUAUGGUGACAAGCGUCCGGGUGCCGGAUCUUCUGCGCAGUAA